AGCUCAAAUAAUUGGUGUUAGGAAAUCGAGACUACACAGCUAUGUCCGAUGUACGAGGCGUUAUACGCCCGGAAUGUGCAUCGAACCCGUUAUACCAGUAUGGACUUUCGUAUUCCAAUUGCAAAACUGCACUGAGCGUUACGGAUGUCCUGCUGAAUGGCGGUCGAACCGUUUCGUCAGCUACGAGCGGUGUAUGAGGCGUUGCAAGCCGCUCGUGAACCUUUACACCGAGAUCUUGGCUAAUGACACGCAAAAUUUGUCCACAUAUUUGCGAUCUAAGAGCUGGGCAAGUUCAGGGAGACGAGAUAUAGACGCAGAGGAUGACCCCGAGCUCGAUGAAGACAUAAAACGAGAAAGUGUCAAAGGUCCAGCGCCGGAUCCCCUAGACGACGACCUAGACUACAAAUACCGACAGUUGACUCCCGAUAUAGACGACGUUGAUUCGGAGAUCACUCAAGUCGAUAUGAUGAGGCAUUUGUAUUCUCGUAAUUAAAU